GUUCGGAUUCGCAACUUUGGUUGCAAUUUUGGUGAUUUCAUCCGUUUGAUAUUCAAAAAUAAGCACUGCACCGGGUGGCGGUUCGUCGUGUGGGGCCUGUGAUAGUUACAAUUUUUAAGGGCAGCUGCGGUUAGUAGGCCCUGCUGACAUCUUCUGAGACUUCUAGGGAAGCCUUUCGUCUAUCCGACUGAAAGAAGCCAACAAAGAUCCAGCCAUGUCGUCGACCUCACAGAAACAUCGCAACUUUGUCUCCGAGCCGAUGGGCGAGAAGGCGGUCACAGACCUUGCCGGCAUUGGCGAGGUUCUUGGCAAGCGGUUAGAACAAAAGGGCUUCGACAAGGCGUACGUUGUCCUCGGGCAAUUCCUUGUCCUGAAGAAGAACAAGGACAUCUUCGUCGACUGGAUGAAGGACAUCUGUGGCGCCAACAACAAGCAGGCGACGGACUGCUACCAGUGUUUAUACGACUGGUGCGACGAGUUCUUGUGAAAUGUCGGACUUUUUCAACAGCAACUAGCCGACUGUAAAUACCAAGGGGACUUUCUUGGUUCUGUGACGCCUAUCUCAAAUAACUAAGUGCAGUUUUAACGAGGAUUCUUCUUACUUUUCUGUGUUUUUAUUUUGCUAAUAAAAUAUUUUAUUCCCUGCUC